AUGACAAGCUAGUAAGAUAAUAAUUUUCCUUUGAAACCUUAAAUAGUAAUAAAUGAAAUCUAAAAUGAUAUUAAAGAUAACAAAUAAUAAAUGGAGAGUCAAGUUUAAACCCAUUAAAAUGAGAUUAAAGUUUAAGAAAACUAAAAUAAUUUACAACUCAACUUAUCACAAUUAUAAGAAAAAAAUGAGUAAUCAAAAUAGAAAUAAAAUAAGAAUAAUAAAUUGGAGGAAAGCAAUACAUAAAUAUAAAAACCUAAUAUAACAAUUUAAAUAUCGGAUACAUAAUUAUGUUCAAACCCAUCUAUCGCACUUGAUAUUGGUCAAGAAGAUUCUUAGCUCUAAAAGUAGGAUUAGUGUUCUUAAGCUGAACUUGCACAUUAGAAAAAUAAAAAAAAUGUUUAGAAAUAUAUUGUUCCAGUAAUCGCAGCACCUCAAUAAUUUUAGAAGAUUGAUUUAAAAAAUGAAUAACAUUAAAGAAUAAUAAUCAAUAUCCUACAGAAAAAUAGACCUAAAAAUAAUAUUGAAACAGAUAUUAUGUUUGACCUUAUUGAGAAUUUACCUUUUUUUAAGAAUAACAAAGCAGUCCUCAGCCAAUCAGCAACAACAAAAGAACUCCUGCAAUCCUUAAAGCUUGAAUUUUUUUAAAAAAAUGAAAUUCUCUUUUCUAAAGGUGAUAUAGGAAAUACUUUUUACAUUAUUUUAUCAGGCUCAGCUUACUGUCUAUUAGAGCUAUAAAAGCUAGAACAAAAUCCUAAAAUAAAAGAAGAAGGCUCAAAAAAAAAAAUUUUAUUUACUUUUGAUUUAGCCACAAACCCUACUUUUGAUUAAGAGCAAGCUGCAUUAAAACAAAUAUUACCAAACAUGAAUAUGGUCAAAAUUUUUUUACCAGGAGAGUCUUUUGGUGAAAUAGCAUUAAUAACUUCAUAGCCAAGAACGGCUACACUCAUACUGAGAUAAGAUUCUUACUUGAUGACAUUGAGCAAAGAAGCUUAUAAUAAAAUACUAGGAUAAUAUGAUUAACUUAUAUUAAGAGACAGGAGGAAAUUUCUUAUGAAUUUUUAAUGUUUUAAAUAUCAUAACUAUAGCAAACUUUUAUCUUUGUUGCACUUUAUGAAAAUUUAAGUUUUUAAUAAAAAAUAUGUAUUGUAUAAAGAAGGAGAUAAGCCAGAUCAUAUUUAUUUCAUAAAAUAAGGUGAGGUUGAAAUAUCAAAGUAGUAUGAUUUAGAUAAGGAAAUUGAAGAAAAAGACACAAGUCUUGAGCUGUAGUAAUGGAGAACUUAAAGAAAAGCAUAAAUAUAUAAGCUCAAUAAAGUGUAGCAAAUUAAAGACAAAAUAGAAUCUCUGUUCCAAAUUGAAGUUGUGAUUUUAGGCUAAAACAACUGUUUUGGAGAGGAAGACAUCUUUUUAAAUAAUACAAAAAGAAAGUCUUCAGCAACAGUAAUUUCAUCUUCGGCUGAAAUCUUCUCAAUAGAGAAGCAAAAAUUAUUUAACGAACUGAACAUUUUCUAAACACUAGAUUUGUUUGAAAAAGAAUUUAAACUUAAAUAUUAGCAAUAAUAGAUCAACUUUUAAAAAAAUAUAAAUUCUGCUAUCGUUUCAAGGAAAGCUUAAUUAUUAAAAAAUAUGAUGAAAAACGGAGUUAUAUCUUAAAGCCCUUCCAAUUAAUUGUAGAUUCUUUAAGCUUGUAAUUCACCAAAACAAGAAAAGGGAUUUUAUUUGCCUAAAAUAUUCUCUGCUAGAAAUUCAAAUUUUAUGUAGUAAUCUUUUGGUUCUGAAACACCAAAAUUUUAAAAAUAAACUGAAGAGGAUUUUAGUUAAUAAUUAUAAUUAACUUAAAAUUUGAGUAAUGAAAAUUUUGCGUUUCACAUUAAUGGUGGCAGUAAUUAUGGUACCCCAAAGAAUAAAUACUUUUAAAAUGAGUUUUAUGCUCAUUAAAGUUUGAAUGAUAGAAGAAAAAAUAAUUUAUAAAAAAUUACUCAAUCUUCUAGCAGAGUAAACACUGAGCCUUCUAAGUUCUAAGAGUUUGAGCCUUGUAGUUAAAUGAAAACCUUGAACAGUUAAAUAAUGAAUAAUUUUGAUUAAAAUCCAAAUUUUUCAAAUAGGACAAGUAUUGACUCUUCAUAGAUUUACAAUCAUAAAUUUAAAAUGAUGAAUUCUUAAGAAUUUUUAUCAAAAAAUCUUAAACCUUCUUUUGAAGAUACUUCUUAAGAGGGUGGUGAUCUAUCUUUAUUUAGCAAAGAACAAUUUGCUUAUAAUUCUAAAUCUAUUAGUAGCCCUUAUUAACUUGAAAGCUUAAAGCUAAACUUCAUAGAUUCUUCACCAAGUUAAUCAAUUGAUCAAUUAAAAUAUUUUAGAUCUCCUAAAAUGAGUAAAACUCUUAUUUAAAUUAAGGAAACAAUAAGAAAGACUGAAGAAUAAAAAAAAUAUUCAUAAAUCGAUAUCGUUAACAGAAUUAACAAAGAACUAGAAGAAAAAUAACUCUAAUUAGUAGAUUUAAAUACAAGAAGCUUAGACUUAAGAGAAGUUAGUGGCGAGCUGCUAAAAAUUUAUAUUUAAAAGCACUCCUAACACUAAAUGAGUGAAAGUUUGUAAAAUAUAGCAUAACAAAGAUUACUUUCUAUGAGCAGUACAUUGAGGGAUACAUCAAAUAACAGACUUUAUAUGAAAUACUCAGGGAGUUAUAAUUCUAAAAAACCCAAUGAUAUAAAAGCAGCUUCAACAUAAAGAAUACAAACACUCACUUCACCAAAAUCAUUAAUUUAAAAUAAUGAAACGAAAGAAGAUCAAAUUUUAAAUAAUGAAAAAAACGAAAAAUAGCCUGAAUCUCAAUAAAAUUAAAUAGUUUCUACUCAAAAGAAAAAAAUAAACAUACAAGUAAAAAUUCCUGAAAACUCUUUAUCUGAUUGGCAAGAUACUUAAUAAGUAAGUCAUACAAAAAGCAGUUUUAAUAAGCAAGAAAGCUUUGGAUUUUAGAGUGUAUAAAACACUCCUAAAUCUAACUUCAAUGAAUCUUCAAAAACUCAUAAAAAGAAUGAAUUUCAGAUAGAAACACCUUUGACUACUACCGAGUAAUUUAAAUAUUUUAAAUAGUAAGUAGAUUUUUUAGAAAACUCUGAUAAAUACAUUGAAAAAAUCAAAAAAUCAAACAAUAGCCAGAUCAAGCUUAGCGAUAUUUUAUAAACUAAAGAGUAAAGUCGUUCGCCUUACCAAAAGUAAAUAAAUGAUAAAAUUGCUAAGAAGGCUUUUAAUGACUCAAUGAAUCUUCUCUCUUAAGAAAUAUUCAAAGGAUAAGCAAUUAAAAAUAUUUAAUUACAACGACAUCACUCAGUUUUAUUAACAGGAUAAAUCUAGCUAGAUAAUAUUUCACCAAACACUAUAAAAUUUACAAAAUCUCCAUCAACCUCACAGGAUGGAGCUUUUUCAAACUUUAUAAAAAAUAUUUCUAAUUUUUCAAGAUUGAAUUCAUUAAUGUCAGAAGAUGACGACUAAUUAAGCAAAAAAUCAGAUAAAAUUCAAGAAAGAUCUAAUUCUUUAAUGAGUAUGUCUCCUAUAAGAAUAAAAGAAAGGAGAUCAAUUUCUAAAUUCAGUGACUCAAGUGAUUAAAAAAUAGAUUAAGAAUUAAUUUAAAAAGCUUAAAAAGUUAACAAUAACAGUCCUCUUCCAACUAAUCCAGUAAAGCUUUAGACAUAAGAAAGUGUUGAAGAAAUAAAAAAAAUGUUGAAAAAUUCAAGUAGCUCCUUUAAAAUAGAAUCGACCUUGUAAAAUUCUGAUACUUAAAAAACAAGAUUGAAUUCCUUAAAAUGUAAAAAAAAUUAAGAAAUCAUUGACAAUGAGUAAUUGAUUAAGAAUUUCAAAAAUGCCUCGAAUCCGCAGCUGACAAAACUCUAUACCUAAAUUUAAAGAAUUAAAAGGUUAAAAGACAAAGAGAAAGAAAAAGAUUACUGCAAUAUAGCUUAAAGUUUGUAAAAAAAAGUGAGUGAAACAUAAAUUUAACAAGAAGCAAAUGAUAUCAAAUAAUUAAUUCUCUCCCAAGAUAAAUACAAAGAUAGCCUUACUAGAUUUAAAGGAGAUUAGCAGCAUUACAAAAAAAUUAAAGAUAUUAAUUAGUAGCAAACUGCUAUUUUUAAACAUGCCAAAUUAAAUAAUAGAGGAGUUUAACAGCAGUAAAGCGACUAAUUUACUUAAUAAACUCCAUUAAUACUAUAAAUCUAAUAAAAAAAGAUAAGUAAGAUGUAAAAUUCAUGA